AUGGAAGAAAGCCUGAUCUCAUAUGUAGCGGACAUUGGUUCAUUGUUGACGGAGUUGAGUCAUGAUGAGAUUAUUGAGUCCUUCAAGACAACAGCUUCGGACAAGAGUCCCUUGGAUUCUGGGCCGCUGGAUCCCAAGACGUUAGACAAUAAGGCACCGUUGGUGCAAGGCAGCAGCCUGGGUCAAAAAGUGUCCGGUGUGGGGGAGGUAGCUAGCAAGUUUAUGCGCGACCCGGUGAUGCGAGUGAUGUUCUUGUUUGUUGCGGCUGGUUUGAAGACGGCAUCUUUAGGGUUAAGUUUGACCCGGGACAGUUUUGCCCACAGUGUGAUCGCGAUAAUGAAGCGGGAGAGCGUGGAGGACCUACGAGAGGAGGUGGAUUUGAGAGCUCAGUUACAAAUCAUGAGUUUGGCGAGUCACGGUUACAGUUCCUUUUUGGAGACUCUCGAAAGUUUGCUGCAGCAUACUUUGAAGCCAACGCUGGUGGAGGACGGCGCUAGUGGGGGUGUUCUGGGUUCUGUGAAGAAGAAGGCGCAAGAGCUGUGUGUGUCUAUGCAUAUGGUUCAGCAGAGUGACGGGAUUCCGAAGGUGAGUAUUGUGGCUGACAAGGCCGUCCAUGACGUGGCUGUCAAAGUAUGGGGCGCUGAGGCGGCAGAGGGCGGCAAGGCGACAGAGGUGGGCCCGGAGAUCGUGGUGAAAGUGCCGCAAUACAACAAAAAGGAGUAUGUGGACGAGUUGCAGGAACAGCUGAACCAGUGGAAUGAAAGCAUUGCUGCCUUGACAACCUUCGACGACAAGUGCAAGACCAAAGCGAUUGAUGAGUUGAGCUACUGGCAGUGUCUAGAAGACACACUAUCGGAACUGGUUGACCGCCUUGCAGCCCCGGAAGUGCGAUUGCAAGUUGCUGUUUUGGUCAAGAACCACCGGGCUACCAACUAUCUUGAGAACCUAGAGCCUAAGGUGAAGCGAGCAUCUAAUGAUGUCCGGGAGAUACGCGAGUUCGUUACUAAGGUGCCGCUUGAUAAACUCGCCGCGGCUGAUCAACUGGGUCAAAUCACCGAUGCCAUAGGCGACAUUUUUCAAGCCUUCCAUCAUGUACAUCAACUCCGCAAAAAAUACUCAUAUCAACGCGCAUCCUCUUUCCUAGAAGCAACAAGCCGUAUGAUGGUGGAAAGGACAGUGGAUAUACUUGUGCAGCAAGACUUCGUUACUUUCAAAGGCUCUUCGCUGAAUCGUGACCUGGCAAAGAUUUUUGACACGUGGGAUUCGGAGUGGAGAACCUACUCGCAAAGGAUGAGAGAGAACCUGAAGAAGGAUGGCGAUAAUACUACAGGACACAUAUACCAUAAGUCGUUCGCUCACCUGACCUUGAAGCAACGAGUCGAGAGUCUCAAAGAUGUGCGAAAAAACUACGACAAGGCUACUGAAGUACUUCAAUUUGCACUUAGACAUGGAGGCAUGGAAGACGGCCUACCGCGUGAGGAUGUGAAUGAGACUAUGGAUAUAAUCAAAGGUCUUCAAGCUGCUAUAUACCCGAUCAAUAACAGUAGCUUUUAUGAUCUGAGUUUGAAAGGCGAAGAGAAUUGGAAAGCGGCUGUAAAGGAGUUCGGAGAUAACAUGGAUAAAUGCCACAAAUUCAUAGCAGAAAAGAUAGGUCAUGAGGUCGCCGGAACGAAGAAGUCCAACGAUUUAUUGCAAAUUUUCAGGGACUACAACUCGUUGCUAGAUCAGCCAAGGAUCAGAAAGGCAGUAAAGUCCAGUCAAUCGCGUUUCGUUAAGUCUCUGGCAGAAGAGUUUCGCUCAAUCGAUAAGGAAUAUCGCGAGAGGCAAACCCAAGGAUGCGUGCCUGCCCGAGUGUGUGGCAUAUCUGACUCUGCCGAUUAUAUCAAGUGGUUACAACAACUUGGUAAGAGAGCGGAAUUGUUCAAGGUAAAAAUGGGCAUUGUACUAGGAGACUCUUGGAGUAGCACACAGGACGGCAAGGAGCUGAGAGCAAAUGUAGAAAAAUUCCAAGAAGGUCUAAACUACGCCAGUUCACCUGCAGCCUAUCUUGGACCAGACAAAACAGAGUCGUUUCCUGUCGACAAAGCCAUCUUUGACAUAAGAGACACCACCAAAGGGGGUGCUCCCAGCUAUGACAUAAAGCUCAGUGUCAGCGAGGAGGACAUGGACCGUUGUAGAACUCUCCGGCUUGUAGGCCCACCGACAAGCCGGUCCAUCAAGAUGUACACAUCAGGUUACCAGGACAUUUACAGCGGCUAUUAUCAAAUCAAAGAAUCCUUAGAGCUCUUGAAGAAAACCGAACAGACCUUCAACCAAGGAAUACGUGAUGCUGGCGACAAACAGUCUUUAGAAGCCAUCAAGGUGUCUCUGGCACCCUUUUACAACAAGUUGACUACCAUUAUCAAAAAGGGCGCGACCUCAUCCAAAUGGGAAAACGGCGGCGUAAAUCUCGCUGAUGACUUUUGCGACGCGGUCGCUGAUAUUGAGGCACAGUACUACCAUAUGAGACAGCGAUUCACUAAAAUCAAUCAACUUGUCAACAAACUCGCUAUAAUCCCGUUGCACGAAGACUAUGAACUGUUCAGUAAUAUUAGUACUCAAUUAGAGACGCAGUUUAACGAGAUUCCAGACGCUGAUCUCUCCGUGAUCGUGGAGACACUGAACUCUGACUUACUGAAUUGUUUGCGCACACGUGUGCUGGAGGCAAUUGGGCUUUGGAGAAAUGAUUUUACAAAUGUUGCUGUGAAAUCAAAGUUAUUCAGGGAACCGUUUAUCGUAAAUGCCAUGGUUAGAAAGCGCCAGAUCAUUUUUGAGCCGAAUGUUGGUCAGAUUGCGCAGCAUUGGUAUGAUGAUUUCCAUAGGACACUACGUAAAUUGAUGAUUUUCCAGAAAUUUACCUUGGUGAAGGGCCAGAGAAUCCCAUUCGAGGCACUGACCGAGUUUGCCAGCCCUACCGAGUUGUCUGGCGCAUAUUUAGCGACUUAUCAAACAAUUGAGGGUCAUGUUGAAAGCAUGAGAUCUGACCUAGAUUAUUUCCGCGGAUUUACGAAUCUUUGGGUCAAUGAUUUGACAUCGAUGAUAUCUGAGGAGCGCCAGAACGACUUGAGUGCAUGGCUCGAGCUGAUGAAUGCGUUGAAGGAGUUGAAGAACGAUGUUGGCAAGAUGCCGGGUAGGAAAUCCUUUGGCUACACAGUGCUGAAUCUGGCGAUGGUUAUCCCGCGGAUCAAUGAACAGAUUGAGCGACGGGUAAAAGAGCUGGCGCAAAUCCUGGCUAGUAAGCUUGACCGUGCAAUUGUGCUGACCCGUGAGAUCGCGAAUUCGACGAGGCCGGAACUGGAGGCAGUGAAGGGCCUUGACAAUGUGACGUUUAUCAGGCUACGGGCGUUGGACAUCCGACGCGAAGAAGACUGCAAGGAGUAUUGCGACAUGAUUGGUUGCAUCUCUGAUUUGCUAAGUCAGUUUGAAAAGGCGUCGGUAACGAUUCAGAGCCACAGCGCGGUGGUUGAUUUGUUGUUAGAUGCGCAGAACGCGCUGGCAGGUCACGAGUACAAGCUCUCUGUGCCGGCCGAGCGGGCGGUGGGCGAAUGGUUUACCUGCACGCAGGUGAUGCAGAAGAAUGCUGCGGCGCUGCAAAAGAACAAGGGCAUUGUACAUGACCAGUUGCGUGUGGCGGAGGAGCAAGUGGAGCAGGGUUUUGCGGCGUUAAAAGAGCACUGGCGCAACCGGAUGCAGCUCGGUGGCAGCGCAGACCCGGUGGCCGCGGUGGCUAGCUUGCAAGAAGUGGAGGCGCAGAAGGAUAGUUUGCAUCAGUGUCUCACAGUCCUAAAUAAAGCGCGCGAAGUUCUGCAUAUGAAACAGGUGGACAAGACUCAGGAGUUCGAGGAGCUAGAGAUGGACAUUGCCGGGGUGAAGGGUGUGUGGGACGAGUUGGGUCGUGUCUGUGCCCAGUUGGAGGACCUGAAGAACACGGACUGGGCGAGUUUGGUUCCACGGAAGAUGCGGGCGCAGUUGGCUGCGUUAGAGACCGAGAUGAAGCAGUUGCCAGCUUCGGUGCAGGAGUACGAGGCUUGCGAUACGUUACAAGAGAAGAUCAAGUACUAUGUGAGCAUCAAUACGAUCAUCAACGACUUGAAGAACGAAGCAGUCAAGGAACGGCACUGGAAGGAGGUUGUGGAGUUGCUCCACAUCCACAAGGACGUGGAGGAGCUAACGUUGGGCGACUUGUACGACGCCAUGAGCCGCGGGGCUGAGGAGGACCGGAAGCUCGUCCUGGACCGUCUGAAGGAGUUAUUGGUCAAGGCGCGUGGUGAGCACAGUAUUCUGGCGUACAUGCAGAAAAUCAAAGAUUACUGGAACGAAACGAGCAUCGACUGGGUGGACUACAAACUGCCGGCCGGUCUUGGUCCGAUGGAGAGCCGCAAGGAAGGGCGUGUGGAUCGCAUGGAGUCGCGUCUUGCAGGCACAGGUGAUCAUGGCAAGAAGAGCGUCCUGAAGCUCAUGAUGAACCUGGAAGACGUCUAUGAGAAGUUGGAUGAGGAUAUGGAUAUGCUGCGAUCUAUGACAAUGAGUAUCUACAAUGGAGAGUACAUUGGGGAUAUACAGUCCUGGGAAUCGAAGUUAUCUAGUCUCAGAAUCCUCUUAGGUGAAUAUGAGGAACUCCAAAGGAAAUGGUUAUAUCUGAUGAACAUAUUCAAUAGCAGUGAAAUUAAGACGACGUUGGCAGAAGUCUAUCCCAAGUUUGUUGGUGUCAAUCGCGACAUUACGAGCAAUCUGUACUAUAGUCUAAUAAAUAAGGAAUAUUACAUAAAUAUUGAUGUUAAGUUGAUACAAUUAAUCACGAAAUACAACGAGUCAUUAUCAAAUAUUCAGAAGAACAUCUAUAAGUAUUUGGAGAACCAAAGGAACCAGUUUCCUCGAUUUUAUUUCAUUGGAGACGAUGACUUGCUAGAGCUUAUUGGUCAUUCUAAAGAUUUGAAUAUUAUUCAGAAGCAUAUUAGCAAGAUGUUCUAUAACAUCCAAAAUGUGGAAACGGACUUGAGAGGCGAUAUAAUAUCAAUUAUAAGUGCAGAUGGAGGUAAGGUUGUUUUGGAAAAAGAGGUGAAUAUAAGAGACAGUAGUGUGAUUGAAUGGUUGAAUCAGUUGGAGAGACAGAUGAAGGAGACUUUACAGAAGAGUUUAGUUGAUGCAUUGGUCGAAUAUGCUAAUGGUAGUUUAGAUACUGGUAUGGAUGAGUUGAUAGAAAUGGGUGCGGAGCUUUAUCCAUGCGAAGUUGAUCAGUUGAAUUUGUUUCAUGAGUGGUGUAACAAAUAUCCUCCUCAGAUAACGAUUUUGGCGUUGCAGAUUUUGUGGACUCGAAGUACUGAAGUUCAUAUACGGAAUAAGACAGUUGGUGAAUUUUUUGCUCGGCUUGAACUGGCAUUAGGUGAGAUAUCUGGCUUAGUAUUCAAGAUUGGCGACGACAGUUCUGUCCGUGUCCGUCACCACAAUCUGGUAACGGAAUUGGUACAUCAACGUGACGUAUUACAGCUGUUGGUUAAGGCUGGUGUGUCGAGCGUCAAGGAUUUCGUGUGGCUGAAAUACACCCGCUUUUAUCUCGUGUAUGAUCUGGCUGUGGUGCGUGUAUCUUCCGCCAGUUUUAACUACGGUUACGAAUACCUAGGUUUGACAGAACGGUUGGUGCAGACGCAAUUGACUGAUAAUUGCAUACUGACUAUGGGCGAGGCACUGCACUUACGACUUGGUGGUAAUCCUUUCGGUCCUGCAGGAACGGGCAAGACCGAGACUGUCAAAUUCUUCGGACAAACUCUAGGUCUCUUUGUGCUCGUUUUCAACUGUGACGAAACCUUUGACUUUUCGGCCAUGAACCGCAUAUUAAGCGGCCUCUGUCAAGUCGGCGCUUGGGGGUGUUUGGACGAGUUCAACAGACUCGAGGAAAAAAUAUUGAGUGCUGUUAGCGAACAAAUCCUGAUUAUACAAAGCGGCCUUCGACAAAAGAAAACUUCUAUCAACUUACUGAACGUACAAAACGCCAAGACGGCUCAUAGCAUACAACUCUCAGAGAAUGUGGGCAUCUUUGUUACUAUGAAUCCUGGUUAUGCCGGACGUAGCAACCUGCCAGAUAAUCUCAAACAGUUAUUUAGGGAAUUUGCCAUGGUUGCACCGGAUAAAACCAUGAUUGCAGAAGUUAUCUUAUUUUCACAGGGCUUCACUACCGCUACUAAGUUGGCCCCCAAUAUCGUACAGUUCUUCGAACACUGCCAUCAAACUCUUAGUCAUCAAAGUCAUUACGAUUUUGGACUCCGAGCGCUCAAAAGCGUCCUGAGCGUCGCGGGCACUGUGAAUAGACUCUUCGCCGGCAACAAAGACGAGCCGGCCAUGUUGUUGAAGGCGUUGAAUGACUCAAUUCUGUCUCAGUUGGUCGCGGAAGACGUGCCUAAGUUUGAGAGCGCCCUUUCCUCCCUGUUUCCCAACCGUGAACCGUUACAUACAGACGAUGAGCAAGCAAUGGUUGAUUGCGUGCAUAAGGCUUGCCAAACACUGGGCUACUCCGUGGAUGACAACUUUAUAAACAAGAUUCUCCAGCUGUACCGCGCUUGCCUGAUCAGACACGGCAUCAUGCUGGUGGGACCAACCGGCUCGGGCAAAACUGCCGCUCUCGACACCUUCAUACUCGCUACACAAAUGCUACAGAACAUACCAACAGUCAAACAUCUAAUUUCACCGAAAGCAAUGGACAAGAAGAACUUGUUCGGUACACUCAACAGCACUUCUCUGGAAUGGUGGGAUGGUAUCUUCACAUCAACUUUACGAAAAGUUAUGAACAGUAAAAAAAUCAACUUCAUUGUGUUCGAUGGAGACGUCGAUCCGCAGUGGGCAGAGAACUUAAAUUCCUUGCUGGAUGACAACGCUCUCUUUACCUUGCCGAGUGGCGAAAGAUUCAAAAUUAAUGAUCGCAUUAAAAUCAUCUUUGAAACAGAUUCGCUGAAGUUCGCCACGCCUGCCACAGUUAGUCGUUGCGGUAUGCUCUACAUGAACGAAAGACAGCUGAGCGUGAAUGAGGUGAUUGGUUACAAGAUUGACCGUUUACAGAAGGGCAACAUGAGUGAGAAGUCGGCUGCGCAUCCGGCUUCCCUGAAGACGCCGGGUCAGGUAUCGUACGCGGGCAGUAGCGGGAUCACAGGCAGCGCAAGCCUGAACAUGGGCAACAUGAAUAUGGGUAGUGUGAACAUGGCUAGCAUGGGCAGUAUGAGUAUGAAUGGCGGGAAUGUGAAUGGCGGUGGCAUGCCCCCAGUCGUGGGUUACGAUGAAGGCAUUUCGGUCGGAGGUGGUGACCUGCGUAGUUCAUAUUGUGACGUGUUGCGUUCGGUCAUGGUGGGUCAGUCGUUAGUGGCUAAGUGUCUGGACGCCGCUAGUGGCUACCGCCACGUGGUGCCUUUUACGCGCAUUCGGGUUGUGGAGAACCUGUUUUGUCUGUUGAGUUAUCACAUCACUUACUUGACGGAGGAGGCUGUGGAGUCGUUAGACGCCCGAACGUGUGUGUUGCGCGCGCUGAGCAUCUUCAUCGUAUGGGCGUUCGGAGCUUCCAUCCCAAUCGCAGGUCGGUUAUCAUUUGCGAAGGACGUGGAACGCAUCUUGGUGGGGACGGCGGAUGAUGUAGACUUGAGUCCCCCGGAGGGUCUGGCUUACCUACAAGUAAUUCCGGACCUGGUGACGGGUGCUUGGCGGGUGUUGAGUGAGUCAUUGAGUGGCUUGAGCCACGGCGGCGGAGUGAUCGAAACGAGCGAUACAUUGGCGCAUAGUUUCGUGAUUAAUGCAUAUCUAAGUUCGGGUUCAUCAUUUAUUCUCUGUGGCCCACCAGGCAGUGGGAAGACGAUGACAUUGACGGCGGUCUUACAGGCACAUCCGGCUUUCGAUGUAGCGAUGCUGAAUUACUCAAGCGGGACGACGCCGGAAACGUUGAUGAAAACGUUUCACCAUUAUUGCGAGUUUGUUAAGACAACUGCAGGCUAUACGAUGCGGCCUAAACAAGUGAACAAGAAGUUGGUGAUCUUUGCAGAUGAAAUUAAUCUACCACAACCUGAUGAGUACGGGACACAGCGAGUGAUUUCAUUAAUGCGCCAGAUCGAAACAACACACUGUUUCCACAUGCCCGUAAAGGGCCAGUGGACGCGAGUAGAGGUAGAGCGGGUACAGUUUGCAGGUGCCUGUAACCCUCCCGAAGAUGCAGGCCGGCAUCCAAUGAGUGAUCGUUGGUUGCGUGUCGCACCAUUGGUCUUUAUCGAUUUCCCAGGGGAGGACUCGCUUCUGCAAAUUUACGGAACCUUUAUGAGUCAAGUCAUGGCUAGUACACAACAAUCCGAGCUGGCGAGUCCUCUGACCCGCGCCAUGGUCGCUUAUUACCUUCAGAGUCAACGUCGAUUCUCCACGGAGCCACAGCCUCAUUACAUUUAUUCGCCUCGCGAACUGACGAGGUGGAAAGUGGCGAUCCAGGAGGUGGUAAACCAAUGGACUGCCGCUGACGAGGACUUCAGCACCAACUACCUCGUGCGACUUGCAAUGCACGAAGGCGAACGGAUUUUCGUGGACCGUCUCGUAACCCACGACGAACGUAUGUGGGGGCGGGAGACACUCGCACAGUGCUUCCGCGAACAGUUCGGAGAUGACGCCAACUACGCCUGGCCCAUCCUGUUCACUCAAAUGUGCGGCGAGGUCUGCGAGGAAGUUGACCGCGAUCGUGUGCGACAAUUCUUGGCCUCGAAACUGCAAACCUUUUACGAAGAAGAAGCCGCUAUAAAACUCGUCUUGUUCGAUGAAUGUCUCGAACACGUACUCCACAUAGAUCGAGUACUCCGCCAACCUCUGGGGCAUUUACUACUUGUUGGCGUUUCGGGUGUAGGCAAAACCAUCCUCAGUCGCUUUACAUCCUGGAUUCAGGGACUAGAAAUUUUCGAGAUCAAACCAGGUCGCGACUACGGCUUAACCGACUUUGAGAAUGAUCUGCGCACGGUCAUGAAACGCGCGGGUGUUAAGAGUGAAAAACUUACCUUCAUCUUCGAUGAAUCAAAUGUAUUUGGUCCUGGCUUCUUGGAGCGGAUGAAUGCAUUGCUUGCCAGCGGUGAGGUACCCGGAUUGUUCGAGCAAGACAGUUUAGCGCAAUUGCUCUCGGAGUGCCGAUCAGUGUUCGAGAACGCGAGUGAUGAUGACCAAGAAAUAUUUGCGACUUUUACACACAACGUACAAAUUAACCUACAUAUUGUCUUCACCAUGAACCCGCAGAACCGAGACUUCUACGACCGUAAGGCCACCUCCCCGGCCCUCUUCAACCGCUGCGUUAUCGACUGGUUCGGUGACUGGAGUCGUGAAGCUCUGUUUGCCGUCGCGGAAGCCUUCGCUACAGACUAUGAGCUGGAAAAUGAGUCAUUCGAACAAGGCGCAGCCCCCGACGGUUCCCCGGAGGAACACCUGGCUACGGUCGCGGAAGCAGUAGUCUCAAUUCACGAGGCGGCCCGCAGGAUGACGGAUUGUAUGCGAGGCGGUCCUAAGAAGUCCUUCUACUGCAGUCCACGCGAGUUUUUGGACUUGAUUAAGCACUUGACCAAAUAUGUAAACGAGAAGCGCCAAGCGGUCAUGGACGACGAGAAGCACCUCAACACCGGCUUGUUCCAGCUGCAGGCCACGGAGAAGCAGGUCGAGGAACUGCGGCAGUCACUGAGUACCAAGGAGACGGAACUGGCUAAGAAGCAGGCCCUCAGCAAGCAGACAAUGACGGACAUCAUUGCGCAGAAGACGGAGGCGGAAGAGAAGAAGGCCGAGGCGCAAAAGCUGACCGCUGCGCUCAACGAGAGCGAGAGUGAGAUUAAGGAGCGUAAGAGCAAAGUACAGAAAGAGCUCUCGGAAGUCGAACCGCAACUGAAAAUGGCACAGGAAAAGGUUCAGAGCAUCCCGAAGAGCGCGAUCGACGAGCUUAAGAGCCUUUCGUCACCGCCGGCCGUCGUCAAGCUGGUCCUGGAGGCGGUAACCAUCAUGCUUACCAACGCCAAGGACAAGGCAGUUACCUGGGAGGAGUGCCGCAAGACGAUGCAGCAAGGCUCGUUGGUGAACAAAGUGUUGACUUUCGACCACGAGUCACUGGAUAGCCAGACCGUUCAGAAGAUCAAGGCCAAAUACCUGAGCUCGACCGAAUGGAAUGAAAAUAGGGUGGCCCAGGCCUCGCGGGCGGCAGGACCGAUGGCAUCUUGGGUAACUAGUUCCAUCACGUACGCAGACAUCAAGUUGAAGGUGGAGCCUUUAUCGCAGGAAAUUGCACAGCUUGAAUCAGCUCUGAAACAAAAUAAGGAACAGCUGGAACGUACGAACAAGCUUACACGUGAUCUGGAGGAGCAAUUGACGAAGCUACAGAAUAAGUAUGCGGAAUUAAUCGCCGAAGAGCAGGCUAUCGGGAGCGAGGUGAAAAACGUGACUAACAAGAUCGCCUCAAGCAGCGCUCUGCUGGCCAAGUUAUCUUCCGAACAGGAACGGUGGACCACGAGCAGCAAGGCUUGUCGCAGUGCAUUCCAGACGAGUGUGGGUGACAACUUAUUGGCUGCUGCGUUCAGCACGUACUUGGGUUUCUUUGAGCAGAGCGAUCGUGAUCGAUUAUUGGCGAUGUGUAAGGCUAAACUUGAAGAGUUAGGUAUCAGAUACAACAAACAGCUAAGUCUGGUGGAAUACUUGAGCGAUAGCAAGGAACGUUACCGGUGGACAUCUGCAUUGGGUUUGAGUAACGAUCAGUUGUCUAUAGAGAAUGCUUGUAUUAUGCUGAAUCAUAUCCGCUACCCGAUAUUCAUUGACCCGUCAAAUCGGAUUGUCGAAUUUUUAACGAAGUUGUAUGGUGAGAAUAAAGUACUCAAGUCGAGUGUGAGUCACCCGCAGUUCGUGAAGCACUUGGAGAGCGCGCUGAGAUUCGGAAAUACACUCAUCAUUCAGGAUAUCGAACGCAUGGUACCCGUCCUAGGUCACAUUUUGAACCGUGAGACUCGUCAGCAUGCCGGACGCACCCUGGUGAAUGUGGGAGACACAGAAGUGGAUGUGAGUCCGGAAUUCCGCUUAUAUUUGGUAACGACUAACGGCGAGAUUAACUUGACGCCCGACUUUUCUUCAAGACUAACCGUAAUCAACUGUUGCAUAACUCCCAGUUCUCUCAAGGCGCAGUCAUUGGAUGCUGUGCUACAGUGUGAACAUCCAGCUGUUGACAAACGAAGACGAGACGCACUUCGUCUUCAAGGUGAGACCCGAGCCAAAAUAAGGGAACUUGAAUCUGGUCUUCUACAGGCAUUAUCUAAUGUUAAGGGAAGUAUUCUAAAUGAUGACGUUGUCAUCAAAACUCUUGAAGAUAUCAAAACAAAGUCUGAACAGGUUACCAAACAGGCCGCCAAUGCCGACCAGGUCUUUGAGGAAGUCAACCAGGUUACCAAUCAAUAUAUUCCUCUCGCCAAUGCCGCAACCAUGGCGUUCACCGCACUCGACCAUAUGAGCUCAAUACAUUGGCUCUAUCAAUUUGACGUCAAUCUCUUCGAAAAAAUAUACAUGAACACAAUACAAAACCAGAGCAAACCUGAGCACCAAAUUAAUGACUCACAACGAGCAGAAUUACUCACCGAUGUCUUCUUCCUCACUGUCUAUCGUACUUAUGCCCUCUCCAUGCUCUACAACCAUCGACUUAUCUUUGCACUCGAACUCGCCCGAAUUCGCUGGGAAAUAGCCAGCGACCAUAAGAAGCUUUCAGAUCUAGACGAAUACAAAGUUCUUGUCGACGUUGCCAACGUACCCGAAAUUACGCCGGAGAGUCGUUUAAGGGAUGACAACAUUGCUGCUGCUAUCGGUCGUUGUCCUAGUUUGAAAGGUUUUAGGCAGUCCGUGGAGGCUCACCCGGGUGAAUGGGAGACAUGGGUUGCGGGUGACGGAUUGCAUUUGCUGGAUCCGCCGAUGGAAUUGCUGGAUUCGGAUUUGCGUCUAUUACAGAUGUGUGUCCUGGUCAAGUAUUUGCGGCCGGAUCGUCUAUCGGCUGCGUUGUCUGAAUGGAUCGUGUCGGUGAUGGGUCCGAUGUUCAGGAACCCGGUGGAGUUCAGAGCGGACGGGUUGGCUGAUUUGAUUAAGCGAGACAUCCUGGAGACGAAUCGAGUGCUGUUGUUGGUGUCAUCGCCGGGAUUCGAACCUGCGCAGUUGAUCGGUACUGCUGCUAAGAUGCUGAAUCGGCAGUGCCAGUCGAUCGCGUUGGGUAGUCGGGAGGGUUACGAGAUUGCGGAGAAGAUGAUGAAAAAUUGUGCGCAACAUGGUCACUGGCUCGUCCUUAAAAACGUCCAUCUCGCGGACAAGGAGUGGCUGAACAACCAGCAUAAACUAAUUCUCAAAGCGAGCUCCGGUCGUGGCGGGUCGGGUGCUGGUUCGAGCGGCUCGGGUGGUGGUAUUGAAGGAGCGGAUCCUGGAUUCCGGUGUUUCAUGACGACCAUUUUCAAAGAGGAUAGUCUCCCUUCCGAGGUGCUGAAGCGGUCGAUGAAAUUUGUAUUUGAGACACCCAAAGGGCUAAAGAGCGCACUGGAACGCACUUGGAACAACCACGUGAUACCGCGGCCAAGUUUAGGUCUAAUGGUGGAUCGUCUGUACUUCUUGUUAGCCAUGAUGCACGCGAUUGUAUUGGAACGUCGCCGGUUCGAGGACAUCGGAUGGACAAAGCCGAUUGACUUCAGUGACGCAGAUUUGGUGUGUGGAUUAGAGAUAAUUGACGAGUGGCUAAGCUCACGGGAUGGGGUCGUGCCUUGGGACGCCUUGAGGGAGUUAUUGUGCACUGCCAUCUAUGGAGGACGGGUGGACAGCAAGGAGGAUUUGGAUGAGCUCAGUCGGAUUGUUAGUGCAGUCAUAAACGAGAAGCUUCUGAAUCCUAACAAAGAAAUACGACUAGGGGACAAGGGAACCGGUUUAAAAACUCCAGAGGUGAGCAAAGACCGGUCCAUGUACUCGAAGUGGAUCGCUGAUGAAAUACCAGCCGAGGAGUCACCCGAAUGGUCUGGGCUUCCUCACAAUGCCGAAAAUAUACUGAACGAAAAACUCGGUCUUCUUCUUAUAGACUCUUGGGAAAAACUACAUAUUAAUUCACUCGACUCCCUGCAAGACUUUAUCUAA